AAAGAGCGAAUGCAAUCCCAUCCCGCACAAUGCGAGAGGUCAUCAAUUGAACUCUACUGGUGUUACCAUAGCGCAACAAGAGUUGCUGUGUACGUGGCUAAUCGAACGGCACGAUAUUUGGGUCACGCAUGCUCAAACAGGAAAUGUUGAAAUAUGCUCGAGCAUUUAACUCAAGCCAAUGUUUCGGAGUUGACAUUGAGAAGGAGGUCUUUGUUUAUUUUCAUCGCGCGCCUUUGUUCGCACCUGUGGUUUAGUAAAAUUGCCUCAGUGGGCCGAGUGAAGAUACACACGUGAACACGUAGGGCGUGUAAUUUCGUCCGUCAUGACCAUGAACAAUGCUGACAACUGUUUCGAUGGCGCCGAACUUGUCAACAAGCCAUUCCUGUCCAAUAAAAUGGCCAGCGAGCUCCUGGUGAGACUUUACGGGCUAGAAGCAAAAUGUCUGCGGGAACUCCCCAGCUACUGCGACCAGAACUUCUACGCGAGGGCCCCGGCAGCGGGCGAGAAGCGCGAUGGGCCCCGGGCGGACAGCGAGUUUGUCCUGAAGGUGAUCAGCGGGGAUGACUCGCUGGGGCAGGCCGGGAGCUACGGGGAGAUCGUGACGGUGCUCCUCUCACUACGGGGAGACGAUGGCGUGGCGUACCCGUUGCCAGUGACGAACCUUCAUGGCGGUUAUCUAAGCCUACAGAGAUUCCAUCGCGAACCAGACGGCGCUCGUGGACUUUUCCUAGUCCUUCUACUCUCCUACGUUCCUGGGACAAUCCUUUCUGAAGUCAAGCUGUCCAACGAAGUUCUGUACGGCGUAGGGAGAGCUGUUGCGCGCCUCAACAAAAAGCUACUGGAUUUGAAAGGUCCGUUUGAGCAUCUGAAAGAGCGCGCAGAAACUAACAUGUGGUGCUUGACCAGCGUUGCUGACGUCGAGCAAUAUAUUGACGGCGUGCCGGACACUGACCAUCGCUUACUAGCCAAGUCCGUGCUGGACAGGUUCGUACGAGACGUCAAGCCGAUUGAAAACACGAUGCAAAAAGGUUUGAUCCACGUCGACAUGAAUCGGGCCAACAUUCUAGUCGCGCCCAAUCGAGAACCCACCAAUCGGGAACAUUGCUCGAAUGACGUCACGCGCACUAUCCGCCAAUCAGCGAGCCACGUGGUCACAGGCAUCAUCGACUUCAACGACAUGGCGUGCGAGUGUUUGGUCUACGACGUGGCGGGCAGUUUGGCAGACAUGAUGGUGGGCAAGAGGGGUCAACAGCCGCUGGUAGCCGGCGGGUAUUUCCUCGCUGGUUACUCCUCGGUAAUUCAGCUAACCCGUACGGAGCGUCAGUCACUGUACGUGGCCACGGCAGCGCGCUUGGCACAACUACUGGUCUUAUCUCAAGAAUAUUUCCGCCGUUCUGGCUACUCAGAUGAAUACAUCAUGCGGAUUGAGAGGGCCGGGGGAUGGCAAUUGCUCAAGGAAUUAUGGGAUACCCCACAGCGGAAGGUGGAGGCAUUAUGGGAAGAAUUAACACUCAACAAUUCUUGACAAACGUUCAGUUGUUCCACUUCAAAUUUCGGGUCGACAAAUUGAAGGGUUGAUUUUGAAGAUUAAAAAAAUCUCUGCAUACAUCUAUUCGCUUGAAAAUUAUGUAAUUUAUUUUCUUGGAAAAACCCCAAAUGUUGACAGUAUUUAUUUGCGACUUAUAAUAAAGAAAACAAAUUUAGGCCCUAAAUUGUUAUGGUGUUGGGAUUUUUGAUAGCAUAUUUGCAAUAUGGAAACACAUCUUGGUGUUUCUUAAUUUGCAGGUCUAUGCUACACUUAUUUAUGUACUAACCUCAUUAAUUUAACUAUAUUUUCUCAAUAUAUUAUUUAUCUGAAAUGAGGGUUGUUGCUAAAUAAACAAAACCAGAUCCAA